AAAGUUGGUGGGGGGAUUUAGAAUCGUAAUUUUCCUGUUUUGCAGCAUGGAUUUUAUUUUCAACAAACUCGAUAUGUCUAUUGUUGAAAACAGAAAUCCGACGAAGUUUUUGGAGAAAAAAGAAACGAAAAGGAGUCGGGGUGCUUAUUUGACAUAAUCGCUGAGUUUAAGUCUUAAUAAAGAACAUUCCAUGAGCAGUAAAUGUCCAAUAAAUAUAAUGAUGGUAGUUUAUUUUAUUUAGUUCAAAUAAUGGUGAAUACAUCUAUUGGGAUUGGUACGCAGGAAGUAAAUGUUCAUAACUACAUGUCGCAAGCUAUUUUGUCUUUCAUUCGGUCGACUUGGCAAACUUACUGACACCGUAAGUUAAGGAAUACAGUUAAAACGGAAUAUUUUUAUAGCGUUCACCGCAACGGUGUUAACCCUACCGCGUGUGCGAUGGACGAAAACGUAAACCCGAUUGAUUGUUCUGACAGUCCAUUCCGCUCAAACCCGACCCUCCCUGCUGGCUUCGAUGAUGAUGAUGAACUGCUGAAUGCCGACAUUAUCACUGGAACAGCUUUCAGUAAACAAUGGCUGUUUACUGUUCUUAUGAAACUGAUUCAGGAGGUAGACAAACAGAAUGAACCCGGCAACGACGAUUCUGAGUUUGGUGUUGAUGUCAAUGAAGACCUUCAAGAUGAACUCUGUAACCUUUGGGAUAUGUCGAUGAAUUCCGAUGUAGUUGUCUUCAUGCAUGAAUUCAAAUCUGUUGAGCUACUCUCUGCUGUGAUUGUUAAAUCCAGGGCUCCAAGGGUGACGGAAAUCUGUGUUGGUAUUCUUGGUAAUCUCUCCUGUAAUCCAACCGUUUGUUCAGAGAUGUCAACAAACCCAGAAUUUAUAAAUAUGGUUUUGUUGUUAUUGGAGAAUCCCGAUGGACUUUGUUUGGUACAGACUGUCAGGUUGCUAUAUUGCUGCCUCCAGAGUGAAGAACACUAUUUGCCAUGGGUUGCUGCUAUCAAAGAUCAUGAAGCCAAUAUUUUAGAACUUGUCAAAUUCAUCAUGGCUAGUUCUACAAAUGUGGAAUUAUUGAAGAACGUCGGAGAAUUAUUAAACCUGUUGUUCUAUCUUGAAGAUGAACUUUGUGAAAGAUGGAGUACAACAGCCAUGUUGACAGCCAUGCUGGAGGCUGUCAAGGAAAUUGGCUUCCAACCUUGUCCUGCCUUAGAAGUGUUUAUCCACAAUUUUCAGCUCAUGUCAUGUUCACAAAAUGGUGUCUUGGCCUUGGAAAACAUGUCACAGCCCAUCUUGGAGGUUUUGAUGAAAUACUUAAUGUUUCUCUGUGAUGAACCAAUUGUCCCUGUGGAUUUGAAGGCCAAAUAUCUCGCAGCUAUACUCUCUCUGAUCAAUCUGAUUUUCUUGCAAGGAUCAAAGUUUGAUAUUGGUUCUUUCUACAAAAUCGACAUGUUUCCAAAAUGUUUAUUCAAAAUCCUGGAAGGUUUAUUUCCAUACAUCUAUCAUCCUGUGGAAUCUUCAGAUUCUGAUGGCAACAAACCCAAGAAGAAACAUCAUCACCACCAUCACCAUCACCACCAACAACCACAACAACACUCGCUGUCAGUGGUCGAAGAUCUUGCCAGCUUUAAACGCUAUCAAUGGAAAAAGGAGAUCAGUGGUUGUGAUCCUUCUUUAGCUGUUCUGUACAAGGCACUCCACUCCUCUUUCCUUCGUCUUAGCUGGCUUAUUCCAAAACACAAUGAAAGCAGAGAGAGAGAGAGAGAGAGAAAGAAAGAAAGAUCAUAUAGCACAAAGAAAGCAGAGAGAGAGAGAGAGAUAAUGAAGUCCAGUACUCAAUUUCUGCAUUAUUUACUAAUCCGAUGGGAUGAAAGAUAAUGUUGAUCUCUGCAGUAUUUGAACCCAUGACAAUAUUCCUAUCCAGUACACUCACCACUUUGCCACUUGGCUGCUCUUCCCCACCAAAUAAAAAUUGAAUUUAUUUCCAUGCUGGAAAAUAACUUUGUUUUUAUCACCUCUGACUUAAAUAAUAUUCCCCACCACCAUCACCACCACAACCACCACCACCACUACCACCACCUCAACCACCAUCACCACAACCUCCACCACAACCUCCACCGCAACCACCACUACCACAACCACCACUACCACCACCACCACAA